UGCUGCUUUGACUCAGCCCAGUAAGCCAGUGAGAUUGCAUGACUGAAAGACAAAUACCCUACUUUAUCAUGGGCCAGGCUCCUUCAACAUGCUUCGCUAAAAGGCUAGCCUAAUACAAUACGCAGUGUGUCGCCCUACCACAGGCUCAGUACUGAGGAAACUGGCUUAAAGAGCGGUGGGAAAGAGGAAAGAUUUAUUGUGGCUACCCACUUCUACUGCAAACCCCACUUUUGCCGGAAAGGUUGAACGGAGGGCGACGUUGGAUUAACGGUAUGCAACAAGUGAAAAGGUUAUGAAGAUGUGGAGCUGGAUUUUCAUCCUGGUGGUCGGGCUGUCGUUGGUGCCCCAGGCGGAAACUCAAGGCAGGUGUAAUAAUGUGGUAGCAGCAGACCUGGUGUUCUUGGUGGACGGUUCGUCCAGUAUCGGUCGAAGCAACUUUGUCCAGGUGAGGGGCUUCAUGGCCAGCAUCGUCAAGCCCUUCGCCAGCCUGGUCAGCCAGUCAGGAGUCCGCUUCGGGGGAGUGCAGUACAGCGAUGUCGCCAGGGUGGAGUUUACCUUUUCCACCUACCUGAAUGGCACCGAGCUGGUCAACGCGGUGGAGAACCUCAACUACAAAGGAGGCAGCACCCACACUGGGGCUGGACUCAAAUUUGUUGCUGACAAUUUCUUCAACCCCUCGUCUAUCAGGGAUGUUCCCAAGAUCACUAUACUGAUCACAGAUGGAAAGUCUCAGGACAGCGUGCAAGAACCAGCCCAGAAGCUACGAAGUCUGGGAGUGGAUGUCAUCGCAGUGGGUAUAAAGAGCGCAGAUAAGGCUGAGUUGGCUCUCAUCGCCUCCCCGCCAAUUGCUGACUACACCUUCUAUGUGGGAGAGUUCAGGCUCCUGAGUACUCUGUUUUCUUUGGUGGGACCACGCGUGUGUUCCAGUGCAGGGGGCGUCUACGCUAGUGAUGAGGCCUUCUCUGGUCCAUCCAACCUCCAGUUCUCCGGCCAGACCACUGAUUCACUGAGGUUCACUUGGAGUCCUGCAGGCGGGCCUGUGACUGGCUACUUGGUGCAGUACACACCUCUAUCCGGUCUGGGUCAGCCAAUCACAGCCGAGCUCCGUCAGGAGACUGUCUCUGCAAGCCAGAGGAGCUUUCUGGCACGGGAACUAAAGUCUGGAACAGACUACCUGGUGACCAUCAUCGCCCAGUACCCCAACAGUGUGGGCGAGCCUGUGUCUGCUAAGCAGCGCACCAGGUCCCUACCAGGGGUGUCCAGCUUUCGUCUUCUCCGGGCAGGCUUCCUCUCUCUGUCUCUGGCCUGGGAUGCCCCUUCCUCUUCCAUACAGGGAUACAGGCUCACCUACGGACCGCGAGGUCAGCCAGCAGCUCAGUUAUUGGAGCAGAGUCUGUCAGCUGACUCCACCUCUGUCACCCUGGAGAGGCUCCUGCCCAACACGGAAUACGUCCUCACCCUACACCCGCUCUUCCCUCGGAACUCUGCCUCCCCGGCCACCCUCACCGCACGCACAUUGCGUCUUGAGGCGGUGCAGCAGUUGUCGGUAGAGACUGUGUCACAGCAGAGUGUCCGUGUGCAGUGGCAAGGAGUCCGAGGAGUCAGGGCCUACCGCCUGGUCUGGGGACCAUUAACUGGUCGUGACGUUCAGUCUGUGGAGCUUCCUGGUGACAGGGAGGCUCACACGCUCCUCCGCCUGCAGGCAGACACGGAGUACAUCGUCACCGUCAUCGCUCUGUAUGACUCAGACACAGAGGGCGACGCGGCCACUGCUCGCUUCAAGAUAGAACGUCAGGAGCAACAGGUCUUAAGAGCAGCCCCCACCGGCCCCUCCACCAUCCGCCUCACCUGGAACCUCAUCCCCUCUGCCAGGGGCUAUCGCCUGGAGUGGAGGGAUGCAAGAGAGGGCCGUGUCCAAAGCCGCUCCUUCUCCAGGAGCACGACCAGCUAUGAGCUGACACAACUGCAGCCCAGCACCGAGUACACCAUCACCCUCUUCACCCAGUACGAGGGCCGCGAGGAGGCCACGCCCGUUUUUAACAACAAAGCAGAGCAGCCUGUGGGGAAGGUGUCUGAGCUGAGGGUGGUGGAGACCCUGGGCAGCACCGUCAGACUGGGCUGGACCGGGGUGGCUGGAGCCACACAGUACCGGAUCCUCAUCGUCAACCCUGAAGCAGGGACUGAAGAGACUCGUAGCAUCCCCGGUAACCAGACGACCCUUGACCUGCGAGACCUAGCGGAGGGCGUGUCCUACGGCGUCACCAUGACAGCAGUGGUGGGGGACAGAGAGGGAGAGGCCGUCACCAUCUCCAUCCAAGGAGUGCAAGCUUUGGCCAAAGUGACCAACUUGCGAGUGACCAAUGCCAACAGUCGGAGACUGAGAAUUUCCUGGUCAGGUGUAUCUGGGUCAUCAGGCUACAGGGUCACUUGGAGACAAGGCAGUAGUGUGGAGCAGUCCCGUGUCCUGUCAGCAGACACAACCUCCUACACCAUCGAGGGCCUGCAGCCAGACGAAGCACUGGCCAUCGGUGUUGCCGCUGUGAUUGGCAGUCGGGUGGGGGAGGCAGUCACCCUCACUGCAAGGACCAAUCCUGUCUCUGGAUCAGGCGUCAUCAGUCGAGUUGAGGUCUUCAAUGUCAACUCUCGGACUGUACGUAUCACCUGGUUACCAGUCUCCAGGGCGACAGGCUACAAGAUUACUUGGCGCCGUGAAGAUGGCCUGGAGUCAUCCCGCAGUGUCACAGCUGAUGUCACUUCCUUCACUCUGGAUGGGCUCCAGGCAGACUCCCCUUACCAAGUGUUUGUCUCUCCACUGUUUGGUUCUCGGGAAGGAACCCCCACCUCUCACAGAUUCAGAACAGAAUCAGACCAGCUUGUCGUGAGUACCGUGACGUCACUCCGAGUCCAGGACUUUGGAAGUGAGGUCAUCAGGGUAACGUGGGUUGGCGUGCAAGGAGCAACAGCCUAUCGUGUUGCAUGGAAACGAACAGAUGGGGGUGAGGAGAGGAGCCAGGAGGUGGGGGGCAAUGUGACGUCUGUGGACCUGCAGCAGCUGGAUCGGGGCGCUCAGUACGAGGUCAUGGUCAAGGCCCUGGUCCAGAACAGGGAGAGCUCCCCAGUCUCCGUCAGGAUCACCACGCCGGGGACUCCGGUCCUGGCGUCUGUCACAGGCUUCCAGGUGGCGGAGAUCACCCAGACGUCCAUGCUGCUGGGCUGGAUUCCCGUGGCUGGUGCUACAGGAUAUGUCCUCCACUGGAGGGAGGAGAGAGACUCUGGGCCGGGUCAGACCAUCACCCUCCCCAGUUCGUCCAGCUCGUACCGGGUGACAGGGUUGCGCCUGGGCCUGCGGUACCGCCUCACCCUGAAGCCCAGCUUCGACAGGGAGCUGGGGCCAGAGGUCUACGUGGAGGAGCGGACUGUGUGUGUGGGUGGUCGUCUGGACUUGGUGUUCGUGGUUCCAGCCUCCAGAGACCGGGCCAGCCUGGCCGAGCCCCUGCGGUCCCUCCUGACCAGUGCUGCAGGCUCACUCACCGCCAUUGGAGCCCAAGACUCCCAGGUGGGGAUUGUGGUUUACAGUGCCCGACCCAAAGUCUGGUUUCUGCUCAAUCGUCAUAGCAAUAGUAGGACUCUACUACAGGAGAUCCUGUCCACCCCAUUUGAUGAUAUACCAGGCAACAAAAUAGGGGAAGCGUUGUCAUUCACCAGACAGUUCCUCCUCUCCUCCUCGGCCGGCCGGCGGUCCAGAGUCCCUGGAGCCGUGGUCAUCAUCGCUGACGGCAGGUCAUCAGACAACAUCACAAUCGGUGCCGCAGAUAUCAGAUCCACCGGUGUGACGGUGUUGGCGGUGGGCACGGGGCGGGCAGACACUGAGGAGCUGCGGCAGGUGGUGACAGAUGGAAGCCCCCAGAACAUGCUGUACACCCGUGAUGCAGCACAGCUGCUCACGCGGCACGCUGAUCUGGCAGACCUGCUGUGCGGCAUCGCCAGAAUACCAGAGCAAACAGGAACAGAGCAGUGUACUGUGCAGUGCCCUCGGGGGGAGAAGGGGGAGCAGGGACAAGGGGGACUGAGAGGCAGAGACGGGACUGACGGACGCAAAGGAGAGCCUGGCCGUGAUGGUUUGCCUGGUAGGGAAGGCCCUAGAGGGCCAGAAGGGGCCCCAGGUCAGCCAGGCCGCACUGAGGGCCCUCUGGUGGGAGUGAGAGGGGAGAAGGGGGAGAGGGGUUUCCCUGGGCUAGAUGGAGGUCCAGGGUUGCCAGGCCGACCAGGACUUCCUGGACCAGGAGGAGUGGCGGGCACACAGGGGGUUCCUGGUAUCAGAGGAGACCGUGGAGACCCAGGUCCAACUGGCCUGUUAGGGACAAAGGGUGAGCGGGGAGAACGGGGCGAGCCAGGCUCAGCUGUGACAGGAGGUGGUCUCCCUGGUAGGAAAGGAGAGCCUGGAAUCCCAGGAAUCCCGGGCACACCAGGACGCCCAGGCAACGACGGGGCCAAGGGUUCCCUCGGCCCACCAGGAAUUGCAGCAAAGGACGGUAUCCCAGGGAUACCAGGCACCCCUGGCCAGUCCAUCAAGGGAGACAAGGGCAGCACAGGAGAGAGGGGACCUUCGGGUGUAGGCAGUGGGGUGGCCGUGAAAGGCGACAAAGGCUCAUCGGGGCCUGCAGGACCCCCAGGGCCCCAGGGACCCAGAGGACUGGCAGGAUCCGCGGGACUCAAGGGAGACAAGGGAGAGAGUGCAGAGGGCUUGCCUGGUCCUGCAGGGAGGGCAGGAGAGCCUGGUGACAGGGGUCCUCGUGGGCCUCCAGGGGAAAUUGGCAGCAAGGGGGACCGUGGGCAGCCGGGGGAGCCUGGAUCACAGGGCGACAGGGGGGAGAGGGGAACAGCUGGGCCAGCAGCAGAGAAGGGAGAGACAGGAAAGACAGGAUCUCCAGGAGCUCCGGGGCUGAGGGGUGUGCCAGGCACUAGUGGACUGUCUGGCGAGAAGGGAAACGAGGGUGCCCGUGGGGAGCCCGGCAGAAGCGGCCCAGGCUUACCGGGGAAGAAAGGAGAUCAGGGCGAGCCAGGCCUUGCUGGGACGGAGGGGCCCAGGGGACAGAAGGGAGAGCCGGCACAGAAAGGGGAAAAAGGACCCCCAGGGGCCGGGGCACCUGGGUCGUCUGGUCCUAAAGGAGAGCCGGGAGAUCGAGGACUUCCAGGGCUCAGUGGGAGAGUGGGUGCCAAGGGUGACCCAGGAGAACCAGGAGAGGCAGGGGGGAAUGGGCGACCUGGAUCCCCAGGGAAGAUAGGUCUUUCCGGAAAGGAGGGGGACAAAGGAGACAAGGGCGACGAAGGAACUCCUGGGGAGUCAGGGUUGCCAGGAAAGGUUGGGGAGAGAGGACUCAGGGGACUGCCCGGCCCAUCCGGGAGGGCGGGCGAGAAGGGGGACAUGGGAGACCCAGGAGAACACGGCCGAAAUGGGAGCCCUGGGCCUGCCGGAUUGAGAGGAGACAAAGGAGAGCUGGGAGCUCAAGGCCCCGCAGGACCUCCGGGGAAAGUGGCAGACACGCAGCUUCAGCUGAAAGGAGAGAGAGGAGAAAAGGGUGAUAGUGGAGACCCAGGAGAGCAUGGGGGCAAAGGUUUAAAGGGUGAGGCCGGGGUCCCAGGGGUUGCAGGGAUACGGGGACUGGAGGGACAGCGGGGACUGCCAGGGGCCAGAGGUGAUGCAGGAGAAAGAGGCAGUCCAGGAGAGAAGGGAGAGAGGGGAGCGUCUGGGCUGGAUGGCCGAGCUGGGCUGGACGGUAAACCAGGACCACCUGGGACUGCAGGCCUGCGGGGAGACGCUGGAAAACAAGGGGAGUCAGGAAGAGAUGGGCUCCCUGGACUGAGAGGAGACCAGGGUCCCCCGGGCGCCACCGGCCCUCUGGGGAACCCAGGAACACCUGGCAAAUCAGGAGAAGACGGCAAGCCUGGUGCUCAAGGGAAAAUGGGUGAAGAUGGCAUUCCUGGGGAAGAUGGGAGAAAGGGGGACAAAGGAGAAGCAGGGGCAGCUGGAAGAGAUGGCCGGGAUGCACUGAAGGGAGAACGGGGUAUAGCUGGACCUGUGGGGCCAGCAGGAGCAAGUGGGGCUCCAGGGGCCCCCGGCACCAUCGGACCUCCAGGACAGGUGGUAUAUGUGAAGGGGGCUGAUGUCGCUCCCAUCCCUGGUCCUCAAGGGCCUGCAGGAACACCGGGUGUUCCAGGGAUACCAGGAGUGGCCGGAACCAGAGGGGACAAAGGAGCGACGGGUAUGAAGGGAGAAACGGGAGACCCAGGGGAGGACGGAGCACCAGGAAAACCAGGAACAGCAGUGGAUGUGCAGAAGGCCUUCUCCGUUUUUGGUAUCCAGGUGCGAGAUCUGAAGGUGUUGGUGGACAGGAAGGAGGAUCUGCUCAAGCCUGUGGAGGUCAAGCCUGAGAAGGGCCAUAAAGGAGACAAGGGCAGUCCAGGCCUGACAGGACCCCUGGGGGCAGACGGUGCACGAGGGCUACAGGGGGAACGGGGUGUGAAGGGAGAGCAGGGUGAACGAGGGCCCACCGGGUCCCAGGGGCCUACGGGACGAGCCAUCGGAGAGAGGGGACCUGCGGGACCCCCAGGGCAGGCGGGAGAGCCGGGCAAGCCUGGAAUACCUGGAGUCCCUGGGAGAGCCGGGGAACUGGGGGAGGCUGGACGACCAGGAGAUAAGGGUGAGAGAGCAGAGAAGGGGGACAAAGGAGAUUCUGGGAAAGAUGGUCUGAAUGGAGUGGUUGGUCCCUCUGGUCCAAAGGGUGAAUCUGCAGAAGGACCUCUUUCUGGUGUGCCUGGCCUCAGGGGUCUUCCAGGGGUGGCAGGGCAGAGGGGAGAGCCUGGCUCCUUAGGACCACAAGGACCCAAAGGAGACAAGGGUUUUGCAGGGUCUCGAGGGGAAAAAGGAGACAGAGGAGAGGUUGGAGAAAAGGGGCGUGAUGGCUUCCAGGGCCCAGCAGGAGAACCUGGCAAGCUUGGUCCCGAUGGGAAGCCGGGCCUGCCUGGGUUCCCUGGAGUGCUGGGCAGACCGGGAAACCCAGGAGAAACUGGAAUUAGAGGGCCAACUGGUCCGAUUGGCACUAACGGGCCUCCCGGGCCACCAGGUGUGAAGGGUAAUCAAGGAGAGCCCGGAGUUGGUAUUCAGGGUCUGCCUGGUCAACAGGGAAACUCCGGCCUUCCUGGUCCUCCAGGCCCCCCAGGAGCUGUGGGUCCACAUGGCCCCCCUGGACUAUCAGGACAGGUGGGCGAAGGGGGAAAGCCGGGGGUCCCAGGAAGAGAUGGUGUGCCAGGAAAAGAGGGGACACCAGGACUACCAGGAAAACUGGGCAUCGCUGGAUCAAUGGGCUCCCCUGGUCUGAAAGGAGAGCAGGGGGACAGUGGCCCCCCAGGGAAGUCUGUGGGCGGACCACCUGGACCCAAAGGACAGACUGGACUUCCUGGUGUGACAUUGCCUGGAACAGUGGGAGAGAGAGGACUGGCUGGGCUUCGUGGUGAAAGAGGAGAAAAGGGGCCAGCAGGCAUCAAAGGAGAUAGAGGAGUUCCUGGAGAUAAUGGAGAUCCUGGAGAAGAGGGGCCCAGAGGACCACUGGGAGGCAAAGGGGACAAGGGAGAGAGAGGAGUGGGACUCGCUGGACCUCCAGGUCAGCCUGGACCCAACGGACUGAAGGGUGACCCAGGACUGCCAGGCCCAGCAGGGCCCCCAGGACCGAGGGGACUAGCUGGGACUGCUGGUGUGGCUGGAGUCAGAGGAGAGUCUGGAGCCCCGGGACCCCCUGGACAAUUAGGAGAGAGGGGACUCCAAGGCUUCCCAGGUCAGGUGGGCAAGUCUGGAUCUCCUGGUCCUCCAGGGCCCCCUGGACAAGCAGGCAUCCCAGGUACAGAUGGAGUCAAAGGUGACAAGGGGGAGGCUGGAGUGGGAGCGCCUGGAUCUAGAGGAGAGAGAGGAGACCCAGGUCCCAGGGGGGAGGAAGGUCGCUCUGGUCUAGACGGAGACAGAGGAUCCACAGGCUCUCCAGGGAGCAGAGGAGAACGGGGAGAGAAGGGGGAAUUGGGGCCACAAGGGGACAAAGGAGAAAAGGGAGACACUCUUCUGGUGGGGGGACCUCCUGGAGAGAAGGGAAACAAAGGAGAGACCGGGGACCGGGGGCCCAAGGGGGUGCAGGGGGAGAAAGGUGUGAAGGGUCAGGAGGGGCCCACUGGGGAGCAGGGUCUGAGAGGGGAACCAGGAGAAAGGGGCUCCACAGGUUUCCAGGGGGCCCGUGGCCCAGGAGGACAGAAAGGAGAGGCAGGCCAACCUGGGGUGCCCGGAGAGUCGGGCUCAGCAGGGAAGGACGGUCUGUCUGGAAUGAGAGGCGAGAAAGGAGACGUGGGGAUUACUGGGAUGCGUGGAUCCAAGGGCGACCGAGGAGCAAAAGGGGCGUGCGGAGCGGACGGACCCAAAGGAGAAAAGGGUGACGCUGGCAUCCAUGGACGCUCAGGCCUGCCUGGGAGGAAAGGGGAGCAGGGUGACGUGGGGCUCAUAGGGGCUACAGGAUCUCCAGGGAAGGAGGGACUCAUCGGCCCCAAGGGCGACCGUGGCUUUGAUGGAGUUGGAGGAAAUAAGGGCGCUCAUGGAGAGAAAGGUGAAAGGGGCCCCGCAGGUAUCCCUGGCCCCCCGGGCCCCAGGGGAGUGGACGGAGUCCCUGGUCUUAGUGGACCCCAGGGCCUGGCUGGAGCUAAAGGCCCUGAAGGCCUCCAGGGACAGAAGGGAGAGCGUGGGCCAUCUGGGCCAGCUCUGGUGGGUCCUCGUGGGAUCCCUGGGAUCCCAGGAGCCAUGGGUGAGCAGGGGGAGAUCGGUGCAGAUGGAAUGAAGGGAGACAGAGGAGAGCCAGGCCUGACGGAGGAUGAGAUUCGUGCAUACGUUCGCACAGAGAUGAGUCAACACUGUGCUUGUGGAGGUGAGUGAGAACCAAAUAUGGAACAGUGGGACUUACUUUCAUGAUUAUCAUUUUCAUGUUGGACCAAGUUUGGGGAUUUUAUGUGUACAUUGUUCUGUCUGUAUUUUUUUGUAUUGUGGGUA